UACCCCUUCUGUUUAUUAAUAAAUGUAAACAGAUUAAAUGUUGCCUGGGAGACCUGUGGCAUAAGUUUAAACUCGGUCAGAGAGAGGCCAGACUACCCCUCUCCUGUUUUCAUGUUCAGUUGGCUACCAGCUCUUCAUUUGGGGUUCACUUCAUUGUUAUUGUCCUGGAACUUUGUUAUCUGAGUCAAGUUGAGGUCAACAUAUAAAAUGGGGGAUCAAGAAAUGAACUUUGAGCAAGCUUUUGGACCUCUAUCGGAGACAGAAAGAACAUUUGAUCCCUUAUUUAUUGAAGAGGAUGAUGAAGACUACUUUGAAGAUUGCUUGGAAGAGAUCCAGGCAGCUCUAACUCUUCCUGAAGAGUCCAUGCCUUAUUCACAAAAAUGCAGAAAAGCUUUGCAAGCUGAGUUUAAUGGACUUAUGCAACAGAUGUUGGCACAGCUCGAUGUUUUUGAUGCAGCACAUCCAACCACAUCUGCACCACUGGAGAUAUUUUCAGAAACAGAGAACAAAACGGACAAGAAUGGAUUCACAAAAAGAACCAAGUUUGAAGAGAUGUGCCUUCCAGAGAAAGAGCAAACUGUGUCAGAGGUCGAAAAUGAUGCUGCAGAAGUCCUUGUCGAAGCAAGGCCUGAGUUGUCUGCCACCAUGGAAUUACAAAAGCUCAGAGCAGCAUUUGAGAGCUGUAUUGAGGAGGUGGGCCAGUUGGAGCACAGAAGGGAUGAGUUGGUUCAGGAGCUUCUGGAGCUGCAGGAGCCCAUGGCCCAAGAGCUGCAAACUAUAAGGGAAGCUCUGGGGGAGGAACAAGGCCUCCUGUCCAAAGUCAGACUGGAGAGACAGAGUCUGCAGAAGGAGACGCAAAUGACUAAGAAACGCCUGUUCAUAGUGGCUCGAGAUUGUACACAGAGACAAGUAGAGCUUGAAUUACAACAGAAAGAGGUGGAGCAGCUCAACCAAGCUCAGUUAAGGUAUUCCAUCCUGCAUUCACAAAAUCAGGAGGAGCUGAAGUCCCUUGCUGUUAAGAUGACUGAAGAGAUCACCAAGAUUCGUUCAGAUCACCAAAGCCACCUGCAGGAAAUGCAGAAGCAGCAGAACCUCACUCAGGAAUCCAGCGAGAGGAAGACCCGCUCAUAUGUGGCUCAAGGACGACAGGCCUCUUGUGACCUACAGCAGUACCUGCAUGGUGGGAUAAAAGCUCUGGAGGAGUUUUACGAACCCCGGGUAGAGUCCCUGUUAAAGAGACAGGAGAUCACCAUGGAUGCUCUCGGUAAGGCUAAAGAGCAGUGCCAGGAGAUGAGAGCCCAGUUAGGGCCACUGAGACAAGAAGAGCAGUCGCUGAAACUCCAGAGAACUUGUCUGGAGGAGAGGAUCCGACUAAUGGAGAUACAGAGGAGGGAAAAUGUGGAGCAAUAUAGGGAGACGGUGGACAUCUUAGAGGAGAACAUGAGAGAACUGAAAACUCAGCUCAAGAUCCAGAUAAAAAAGAGUGAAGAAUUGGAGAUGCUGAAGAAAAAUAUGGCCAAAGAGCUGUUCUUAUACAGAGAGCGUGUAGAGGGUCCUCACAAGCAAGAGGACAAUGUGGUGGUGGAACAAACCUAAUGAACUCAUGUUUGCUAAUAAUUAUCUCAUUAGUUGUUAGAUGCUUUUGAUAUUUCGGUUUCAUAGUUUAAUCCAAAUAGCCUGUAUAAACAAUCACCAAAACAAUUACCACAAUUUAUUGAAGACUUAAGUCAAUGUUCUCUGCAAACUAUUUUUUUUAAAGUUCUCUGAACAUCAGGACCAAGCACGUCAGAUAUCCAGAUCUUUAUCUGACUUGAAUGUACUUAAAACAGUGUUUUUUUAUUGUUUAUAUGAGGGAAUAAGGCUCUUAUAUCCAGUGGUCCCUGCGAAUUAGGUGCUUUCUCUUAAGAGUAAGUGAAGUGAGCAAAACAAGGACUUAUUUGGGCACCUUAAGAAAGCUCUAUAAACGUACCAACAGCAUGAUGGUGUGGUAAGAAUGUUUAGAUAAGGGCCUAUGAGAAGAUGAAUUAAGUGCUUUGUUGAUUUAAGGUGUCUUGUUAAUAAGAUUUGAGAUAAACAUGUAGAAUUAGACUGUUUAUAUGACUUGUACCGCGGAUCGAGUACAAGGAUACAAACUGUCAUAAGUGUGACAGGGGGCAUGUUUUUGUUUUGUUUUUUUUUUUAAAUAGGAUUGAAUCUAGUUAAAGACAUUUUGAUAAUUAAAAAUCUAGAUAAUGACAAAAAAAUAAAAGGUAUUUUGUUGAGGAACA